AUGUUACCAUCAUGCUAUUCGAAUGGUUCGGUUUUGCCUGAUAACGAGGACCUGGUCAACUCUCUGCUGGCCAAUCCCGAGUAUCUUCGGACCAGUGCCAAUCCACUUGGCACAAGUGCCGUCGGGAUGGAUAGUCUCAUGUGUAGCUCGUUCCCAUCGGCCUUUUACUACCAGGGCAUCGACAACUUCCUAGCUCUGCACAAUAAUAUCUGGACUCUGCCCAUAUCCUUCCUGCACAACACCCAUCGGCCGGAAAAGCCACCGUUCUCCUACAUUGCUCUCAUCGCGAUGGCCAUUAGCAGUGCACCCAAUCAGCGUCUGACCCUCAGCGGCAUCUACAAGUUUAUCAUGGAUAAAUUCCCCUACUAUCGGGAUAACAAACAGGGCUGGCAGAACUCCAUCCGACAUAAUCUAUCGCUGAACGACUGCUUUGUGAAGGUGCCGCGAGACAAGAACACCAUCGAUGACAAUGAUAGCGCCGGAAAGGGCAGCUACUGGAUGCUGGAUGCCUCCGCCUCGGACAUGUUCGAGCAGGGUAACUACCGUCGACGUCGGACCCGGAGGCAGAGGCAUUGCACCAACGCCAGUCGCUAUGAACGGGAUGCGGGCAAGGAUGCUACGGAUGGCAGCAGUACGGCGGAAAUCAGAUCGCCCAGCGACUCGCUGAACGACUUUGAUAUCUUCUGCAACGAGAGGCCGAACUACUCGGAUCGCAUCACGGAUCUGCACCGUCAGUACUUAUCCGUAUCCCUUGGCUUCAAUAGCCUGUUUAAUGGCGAGGCAAGUGGGGUGCGCCAACUUCCAGGCGCUUCCACGGUGGUUAGAGAAUCCAACGCAGACGACGACGCCGAGGUGGAUGGCGAUGCAUCCACGGACAGUCCGUGCUCCAGCUCCAGCAAGACAGCUCAGAACAUCCCGGAUAGUGUAUCGGCCCUGCACGAUGAAUUACAUUCCCCGAGCGCCUUCACGCCGACCCACAACCACCGGCUCCCAGGACUAAGCGAUGCAUUUAAGGGGCUCCAACAUCUGAUGCCCAGCAAUACAGCUCCAGCACCUGGCACCGGAACAACAGCAGCCAACAGCCGAUCAAAGACGACGUUAUUCACAAUCGACAAUAUUAUUGGCAAGCCCUGAAUGGUGGAAUAUGGUUGUUAAGGAUAGCAUAGCAUUAAGUACUUACACGUAAUCCAAUCCAUU